UCUGAAGCUCUCUAGGCGUGGAGUUGUGCUUGAGAAAGGCGUUGUCGCUGCGGAAUUCUCAUUCGCCAAUUUUUUUGUAGUGCACUUCCUAUCGACGCUUAUCGCCGAGAACACUCGAAGCUCAACAUCCACCUACCACCCUGCUUAACGAACUACGACGACUCGACUUGACGCACCACGCUCUGUGACCGGUCGAAUCGCAGUCACCACCUGCUAGCUGGGCGAAGCUAAUGCUACUGACUCGGCCGCGACACUCGCAAUGCCUGUCACCGACAUGGGCCGCUCGGCGGUUCCUGGCCGCGGCGCGGCUGCAGUGUUAUAGCACUGACGGCCAGUCGAAUCCUCCGAACAUACGACGCGUUGAUUUGUCGCAGACGGGAGAGGGCUCAUUGGGCAGUGGGGCGCAUGGAGAUGGGGUUAUACACAGAGAGGGUGGAAGGGUGCGCGAUGGGGCGCAGAGGCUUUCACGACGGCCACCGCCUAAAUUCCGGAGAAAGGAGGGAGUGCCUGGCGGAGAUGGGAUAGGAGCUGAACUCAAGGAGCUUGGAAGUGCCUUGAGAGAUGCAAGCCUGGUCGAUUCCUCAGCACCCGAUCCCCAGACGACGAAUGGACCUACCCCUACCCCCAAAACCCUACGAGCAAACGAAAAACCGAAUACCAUCCUCGAAGAGCUCUUCCCAGAGUACAAAGAAGCUCUCCCAGCUACAAACGACACCACCCCCAAAUCCUUCACAGACGACCUCCCCAAGCUUGACCCAAGCACCCUCGGCCUCCCCCCAUCCACCUCCUGGAAGCCCCUCAAUACCCCCAAACCCGACCGCCCCUUCCUCCACCCCGACCACCAACCUCCCACCUCCCUUUCUCUCGACCCGCACACCCUCCGCCAACGCCUCGCCGCCACCGUCCUCGUCAUCUCCAGCACCUCCCGCCACCUCGCCCUGAGCGACUUCAUCCGCCUCUCCCCGCGCGGCUUCCACAUCGAAGGCUGGACCUCUGGCAUCCAGCGCGUAAUCCCUGGCCGCGACCCGACGACGCUAGCGCGACAAUCCCACUACUUCGUCCUCUUCUCAACCGCCGCAGCAGCGCAGGCGUAUAAGGACAAUAUCGCGCGACUACAUAAUCUGAGCCGCAAAUGGACGCCGACGUGCGCGACGAGUCGGAUGGCGCCGGUGCCGGGGGUGCUAGUGGAUGGGGAGGAUGUGGCUGCGCUCGUGAGCGCGUUUACCAUUGUGCCGAGCAGCCAGAAGUUGUUAUUUAGUAAGGUGGUGAAGAAACCGUAUCGGCCGGCGGUGGCGCGGAUGAUCGAGACGGGGGGGUAUCAUCCACUUAUUACGCCGGAGGCGGGUCGGCAGGGGGGGAAUCUGGUGUUGGUGGGCUUGGAUCGGGGGAAGAUGAAUGCGUUCGAGCUUGGGCUGGCGAUUGGGUUGGAUGGGAAGGAGAGAAAUUUGCAGUGGAGGCUGGAGGGGGGAAAGGAGGAUAUUGUGUUAUUAGGGUCGAAGAGCGAUCCUAAGGUUGCGCAACGGGAGGAAGAGGGGGAUGAGGAGGAGGGAUGGGAUAAUGAGGGUGGGGAGAGGCAGCGGGAGCAGAAGAAGGGAAAGGGGUUCAGGGGACCGCCGAGGUUUAUUGUCAAGUUCAAGGAUAGUGCUGAGGCGCGACGGUUUGUGCGCGCGUGGCAUUCACAGAUACUGGAAGGGGAGGCGCUGGAGCGUCUUGCAAAGGCGGGAGUGGGAGAGCAGGCCCAGGUCAGCGCGGAGGUGCUGUGGUAGGGUGGAUGCGUGGAAGCUAUUGUAUAUAUGUAUUGAUAGGAGGAGUGUAUAUGUAAAAAGGCAUAAGGUC